GGUUUCUCUUUGUAACCUAGGCUGCAAGAGAUCCACCUGCCUCUGACUCCCCAGUGACACCAUGCCAAGCUUGCACUAAUAUUCUUAACACUGAAACUUUGCCCUUUGCACACCUGCAGUGUCCGUCAUUCUGGUCAGAGUAUUCCUUCAGUUUUGCAUAUUCCAAGCAAUUAACUGUGUACACUUAAAAUGUGGUUGUGUGUGUGUGUGUGUGAGAGAGAGAGAGAGAGAGAGUGAGAGUGUAUCUAUGAGUGAGUGAGUGUGAGCAUGCACAUACAUGUGUGUUUCUGGGGUCAGCUAUACAUACAAGUGUAAGCAAGCACCCAAAUGUGUGCAUGUGAACGCAAGGGGUCAUCCUUGGGACUAUCCACUUUGUUUUCUGAGAUGUGGUUUCUAACUGGCCUGAAGCUCAUCUAUUAGGAUAGGCCGUCCCUGUGCCCACUUGUCUACACUUCUGCAGUGCUGGGAUUAGAAACCCACACACCACUUCUGGGAUUUUACAUUUGUUGUAAGGAUCAAACUCAGGCCCUUGAAAGCACUUUACCAGCUGAGCCAUCUCCCCAGCCCUUAAGUCUUGUUUAAACUGACAAAACAAUCCCCAGGGCAGUGAGUAAUUUCUGAGGUCACCCUUCUGUGCCAUCAGCUUCAGAGGAAGGGAGACGGCUCCCCUGCUUUAUAUUGUGAAUUAUGCCAGAUUAAAGCACCCCCUAUCAUUUGUAGCCUACAAGCCAGAAGGCCUUCAGAAUUCAAAUCAGGGUAUCUUUCCACAUUAGACUUUGGCCAACAAAAACUAUGAAGGCUGACUAGGUCUCACACAUACUACUGGCUCUGUACAGCCAAUGGACCAUCCACACGCAUUCCUGGGGCAGGACAUUUUCUCUGCAUCCAGCAAUCAGCUUAUAAAUAGAAGCCGAUUAUAAGAAGAACUCACGGCUCUUUCUUCUUGGCUAAGCUGCCGCUGCUGUGAACCGAGACCUAUUCAACCCCCUGGCCAAACCAAGGAGAAUACAGCCGUGGAGAGGUGGAGAUCCUAUAGAGGCUAAGAGAUAGGGGCCUGUGUGGACUUGCCAGAAAGACAGAUUGUAUCUCCAAUUCUAAAUGACUUCUCUUGUAUGGGAUGGUUACUUCUGCAAGGAAGUCCUGCCCUGCAUGUCCCCGUGUGCUGUUCUGGGGUGACAGUGACAUGGAGCAGGAAAGCUUUUGCUUGCAAGAUGCACUUUGAAGGAAAGGAAGGAAAAGUCUGUAUUCUGCUUGGGAGUUCAAAUCAACCAUGAGUGAAAACAUGUUAAACCAGUUAAAAGGUGCACAGGGAAGAGGGUUUGAUAGGUAAAGCACGCGUGUGUAGCACAACAUGGAAGAUCUGAGUUUUGAUCCCCUACACCUGUGGGGUUUAUUUUAGGUGUGGCAGUACAUGUCUGUAAGUCGAGCCCUGUUUAAGAUGAGGCAGGCAGAUCUGGGUCUUGCUGGCCAGCCAAUCCAGACUCAAUGAGAAACUCUGUCUAGGGAAAAGUAAGGUAGAAGAGAAACUUAGAAGACAUCCGAACAUCAACCUCUGCCUUCCACACAGGCCCAUGAGAUGACAACACAGGCAUGAUGUGUGUGCCUGCUCAUUCGCAUGCAUGCGCGUGCGCACACACACACACACACCUUCAAAAAAGUUUGGAUUUAAUACAAUUAAAGGCAAUGGACUCUCCAAGUCCAUCCCAGUACACGUGCAUCUAUUUUUAUGAGAAGAAGCUGUCCAUAAUAUGAUGUAAGAAGGGGAAGUUACCUCUUUCCUGGUGCACCAGUUUUUACAAACUCCAAUCUCUGAGGAGCUCCAGGUGGCUAUCUGAUGAGCUCUUCAUUAUCUGGAACCUACACAGGGCAAGUAGGGCGCCUGCUAUAGCAGCAAACUUUUGCCCACGAGCAGCAUUCUGAACAACCACCCAACCUCUCGACUUCGCUGGGACUGGCACGUAUGCCCAUGGGGGAGGUGCAGAGAUAGAAAGAUGGGUUCCUUUUACAAAGCUGGUUGAACCUGGGUUGCAGAGUCAGAACCUGGUCUACCUAACUCUUUGGGAACUAUUGAUUGCCAAGCUGGUGGUGUAAAUGCAGUGGGAGCAGGGUGGGGGUGGGGUGUUGUUUGUUGAUCAACAUAACACCCCAUUUGGAGAAGGCAGGGUUCCCAGCUGACUUUUCACAAACAUCCUACAAUUCUGCUGACCUUAAUACUAAGUCAGAUUCGGUUUGGAUCAUGGGUAAGCAAAGGUAAUGUUUUUGAUAGAACUUAAGCAAAGAGAGAGCUUCUUCUAAAGAGUGAAGGAAAGGGGGAAGUGGAUAAACUGUUCUUUCUUUCUUUCUUUCUUUCUUUCUUUGUUUCUUUCUUUGUUUCUUUCUUUCUCUUGUUUUGUUUGUUUGUUUUUUGUUUUUUUCCCCAAGACAGGGUUUCUCUGUGUAGCCCUGGCUGUCCUGGAACUCACUCUGUAGACCAGGCUGGUUUCGAACUCAGAAAUCCGCCUGCCUCUGCAUCCCAAAUGCUGGGAUUAAAGGCAUGCGCCACCACUGCCCAGCUAAACUGUUCUUUAACCUGGUUCUCAAUCUCUCUAAUGCUGUGACCCUUUAAUACAGUUCCUCAUGUGGUGAUGUGCCCCAAACAUAAAAGUAUUUUUGUUGCUGCUUCAUAACUCUAAUUUUGCUUCUGUUAUGAAUCAUGUUUUCUCAUGGUCUUAGGUGACCCCUGUGGAAAGGUCAUUUGACCCCCCAAAGGGGUUGUGACCCAUAGGUUGAAAACCACUGCUCCAAAGCCUCCACACCAAAGCAAAGUGUCCAUGCCUGGAUGAGGCACACAACUCAUGCCUUUCUGCCCACUCACUGUGAACAGGACAGUGUGUGAGCAUGCCAGCAAUGGCUCAUACUGUUGGUGUUGACUUUUCCAAGGCUUCUCUUAGUGAGCUAUAUAUUCCAAUGACACAGAUAAGAACAGGUCAGAGUCCCAAUUUAGACAGGCUUUAUUCUGCUCAAAGCCUGCCUUUAUCAAAAACAAAACAAAACCCUAUCCUCAGCGUUGAACAAGAAAGCCAUCAGUUCACAAUGGCCCAGGUUACCUUUGAAUAUUCUAUUCAGCAAGAGAGGUAGUGAAUGCAUUUAUCUGGCAUGUAUGCCCAACACACUGGAAACCAUUCCCAGCAUCACAUGAACUAGGCACAAUGACAUAUACCUAAAAUCCUAGCACCAGAGAAGCAAUUCAAGGUUACCCAACAAUACAUAUAGCAAAUUCAAAGCCAGCCUAGUAAGUGGGGAGGGAUGGAGGGAGGGGGGAAAGGAAAGAGGGACAGAGACAUCACACAGAGACACACAGAGACACACAGAGAGAGACAGAGUGAGGAGGGGAGAGAGAACCAAAAGAAAAGAAGCUGUAUGUGUCUUCCCUGAUUUCCUUCCUCCCACAAGCCAGGUUGCUGUCCCUGACACAGCCCCCUCACUUACUGUCCACCCUGGAAAGGCAUCUGAAUGGACUUAGAGUCAUCCCUUUUCAGUCAAAGCUGCGGCCUCUGAAGAGUGAACGACUGUCUGGGCAAAAAGAGCGUCUCCAUGUGUUACACUAAACUAGCCCAUGUUCUGGGACACAGUCUAGCAUCUCUAUCUCUCAACAGCUACCUCUGCCUCAGGGGAAUAAGACUGGUUCAGGACUGCAAACUGGGUUUCCACAUUAAAGCUUUCCCUGCAGAGGAGUCCCUGGAGUGAGAGCUAGUCUACCUCCCUUCCCCACUGGGAGGAUCCAUGUUCAAGAACAGCUUAUCCUCUUCCCUCUUUCCCCCACUCCUAGGAGCCUAAUGCACAGGCGUUCCCAUAGCAUAUGGAAUAAAAUGUUGACCCAAUUAAUCUUGAACUGCAGCCAGCAUCUCUGGCUCCAAGGUGCCUCGACCGCAGGAAAGCCACUGGGAAGCCAGCGCUGUCCUGUAGUUCCUCUCUACACUCGUGGGAUGGCUUGCUGGCUUUUAGGCUAUACACAGUGAUGGAAGACGCUAAGGCAGGUAGUUUCCCCACAGUCCCACCUGUCAGAGGACCAAGGCACACAUACCAUACCACAGGGACACAUAUGAAUCCUGGGAAGUAUGAGACAUUUGGCGGUGGCAGAAUAGAAGCAAGUCUUUCCCAUCAGCUGAUGAAACCCCAGACUUCCUGGACACUCUAAUCACAGAGCUCAGGGCAAAUCGAUUGGAUUAUAAAUUCAAACCAGUGGCAAUUUUCUUCUUCGUGGUAAUGAAUACUGGCAUGAUCUGUUAAUUCUCCCGAGCCCUGUGAGCAUGUCUGUACAUACAAGUACUUAUGUGGUGAGCAUACACCUGGACAUACAAGCGCACGUGCGCACACACACACACACACACACACACACACACACACACACAAUUAUAACUUUAAAAUUCAGCUCUCCAUCAACGUGAUCAAAGAAGGCCUUUGGGGACUGCUGGUCCCCAACGUGAUCCUUUCGGGGGGGUUUCUCUGAGAGGGGGUUUACACUUACAAAAACCUGCUGAUAGGAUGCUUAAGUGGAAAAGUGUGGUGGCAGCAUUGGGCCCCUCCUCUCCACUGUCACCCUCAAAUCAACUGUGUCCCUCUUGACUGUCACCCUCAAAUCAACAUGGGAAAGACACUCUCCCUAAAGGCAAUGUUUUGGUACAAUAGCGACCACUUUGCUUUGUUUCUACCCAGGAAAACUUGGUAGGCCAUUUUCUUUCCCUUAACAUUAGCUCCUGUUUUGUGGAGAUAUUAAACCGUCCUUAUAAUUACUAUUUUAAUGGUCACAGCGAGUGAGCAUACACCAUCAUUUACUUGAUUGUUUACCUAUUGUUAGACUGUUAGUAACUUCCCUUUCUCACUCCUUCAAAUUGAACUGAACAUUUUUUUUUAAGUCUAUGCUAUUCAUUUAAAACAGUACAGAGACAGAUGACAGGGCAUUGCUAAUCUAAAACUACAGGGUUUAUAUAUUUACAACUCAUAUUUGAUUAUGAAACUUAAUUUGGGAGAGUAAUUAAGACAUUUGUAUUCUAUACAGCUCUCCGGCAUCUAGAUCUGCCCGAGCUAGGCAAGCCCAACCAUGACUUGCCACUUUCCUAAGCAUUGCCCCAUGAAAUCCAAUAUACGUUAUGGACUUCCACUGCUCUACAGAUAAGAGACUCACCCAAAGGAGCAAAACCUCUAGCUCUAUGGCGUAACUUACCCCAGGACGGCAUUUUAUAAACACUAUUCAAGUGUCACAGUCGAUUCAAACUUCAGAGCAACCCUUAGUUUAUAUACCAAUGUCAGGCAUGUUCCAGGACUACUGGAGGUCUUCCAUGAUCCACAACUGAUAAAGAAUAUUGGAAUACCAGGAGAGUGACUAAUUCAUGUUUCAGAUGCCCGAUGCUUUAUUAUUGUUAUUGUUGCUGUUGUUAUUAAGAAAGGGCCUUACCAAGUAUCAAUGGAUAGCCCAAAACUUGUUAUGUAGACUAGGCUGGCCUUAAACUUGCAGUGAUCCUCGUGCCCCUGGCUCCUGCAUUCUGGAGUUGCAGGGACAUGCUACUGUGCCUGGCCUAGCUGAUACUUUUUGAAGUCUACUAUGCCAAAAGACAGAUUUUUCUGCUCAGGGUAUUUCUUCCAUGACUGUUAUUCAAAGGGACUCAGGGUGCAGACCACCAGCUGUGCCCUUCAUAUAGUCCCAGUCUAGCAAUGGAGCAUUGCCAGCAGGCAAGGGUAUCCUGAGGGACAAAUGAGAAGAUGGGAGGGAAAGGCACAGGCACAGGCUGGCAUUUGUUAGCACAAAGAAUUGUAUGCAUGGUCUCUAGACUCUAGAGAGAUGGCUCAGCAGUUAAGCGUAUGUACUCAUGUUGCAGAUGACCCAAGCUUGAUCAGCCUCUAUGACAGGCAACUCCCAAAGUCCUCUCACUCCUGUUCCAGGGGCUCCCAUUGCCGAUAACCUUUUUAAGUAUCUCCACUCAAGUACAUAUACAUGUAAUUUUAAAAGACAAUAUAAAUAAAAUCUUCAAAGCUGCCCAGCAGGCACAAGGCUCUAGGGCCAGCCCCAUUUAUUUAUUCGUUGUCACUGUUUUCACUAAUAGGAGAAUUGUGUUUUACAUACUUAGUAACUCAGUAAAGCAUGAAGAGUUUUGUUUUUUUUUUACUAUUUUGCUUUUACCACCAGCAAUUAAUCCCUCUGAUUUGUUUUAUGAGUCUGAUGGUUGGGUCUAGCACUCAGCAAACCAGUGGAGUGAUGUAAGAAAAUUAUUUCAGUUCAGUUCCUGGCAAAUCCUGAUGAUGAAUAGUGAGGCAGGACAAACCUACUCAGACACACAUUUUUCAGGACUGGCAGGGAAAAGGCUGAAAAAUUACUAGUAAAUUGCUUUUUGUAAAAAUGCUCUCUCUUUCAAAUUUCCCCUAGUCUGAAGGUCUCCUUCAGAAUGAUGGCACAAUACAUUCUGACACACCUAGAUGGCAACAAAGCCAAAGAACAGACGCAGAAAACAAUGAGGGUUGGGAUUUAAUUUUCUUAUUAAGUCCCCAGUUUCCAAUACUCUUGCCCACAUCAACUUCUUCUGAGAAUGUGCCUUUUACCCAUUGGGAUAAGCGUCUCCGAAAGAUAGCGGUUAUCUGUGCUGGGAGGCUUCCCUGCCCCACCCUCCAGGCAUAAUCCCCUCCUCCAAUAUAUGAGCUUUGAAAUUCAUGUUAUCAUGUCUCUGGUCCAUUCUAUUCCUAUUCCUCCUCUCUAAAACUGUCCCGAAGGCUGAGUUUCAGAUUCCAGAGGCCUGCAGAUAUCCCCAGCACCUACUUGAAAUCCUUGAUUCUGAGGACGUAACUCUGGGCCAGUGGCAUCUGCCUUGGAAAUAUAUGGUUGGAAAGGCUAAUGCAGGAUUGUCACGGUGGUGAAACUCACUUGGCAACAUGGCUGGUUGACACACUCAGAGGAAGACAUGCUUCUCUUCUGUUUGGGAGAAGCCAGGACUACUGCUGCUGGCUGAGGCUGCUGAGAGUUCUGCAUUCCCUUCCACCAUUAGCAGGUCAUCUGCCUGAUGGAACCCUGGAGCAGCCACAGAGUAACCCUGGUCUAUAAUCAGAGAGUGCAGAGAUGACUUUAGGGUAUCUCCAGAUAUAACUACCCAUUAGUUUUCAGCAUUAUUAUGAAGAAUUGGUCAUUGGACUUGCCUCUGAGUCUUCCAUGCUGUAAACAACUGUGGGUUCUUGUAAGGUGGCAAAGAUCAGUGUAGCCAAGGUGUAAGCCACUGCAGAAUAGGUCAUGUAAUGACCCUAAGUCAUGGGCUUGGGUUCUCUCUCUUCUUCUCCCUCGGCAAGCCACGAUGCCUAUUGGCUUGGAAUACUGGCUAAGGAUUAAUAACAGGAGAGGCAUUAGACCUGUAUGUUGGAUAUGUAGAUCUGUUGGCAACACUGUGAGCUCAGUGUUUGGUGGGACAGGGCCUUCCUGGGCUUUCUCACCUGCUGUGUAAGCUUGAACAAGUGGCACACCAUACUUCUGUGCCAUAGGAAUGGUGACACCAACUUCUGUCCUCAUGUGCAUUUGCCUCUCUGCAAAUAUCUCCACUGCCAUGGUAUAUCCCAAGAGUCUCCCCCAGGUCUCUGGUCAAGGCUCUUGCCUACACUACUACCCCUGUCACCAUCGCUACUGGGACAGCACUUCUGCAUCAGUGCAGAGCUUGAGUUCUGUUGACCCUGGGCUGGAUAACCAGUUUUUACUGACCUUGGCUCAUCUCUGUGUCUUUGCAUCCCUGGACACUUGGGCUUGAACAACUGAACCUCUCGUAUACACCCACAUCCAUCAAGCUGACAACUUUAUCCUCAACUGUCAGGAGUCUGGCAAAAGCUACUCACAAACAGCAUCACCAUAGCUCUGUCUUCUGUUUGCUUUUGUUUUGUUAGACCCAGAAUUGAACCGAAGGCCCCAUAUAUAUUAUGAAAACAUUCUACCACAUUUUGAAACAAGGGUCCCUAAGCUGUCCUGGCUGCUCUUGAACUCACUCAGUAGCCAACUGAGCCUUGAACUUGUGAUCUUCCUGCCUCAGCUUCCUACAUAGCUGGAGUCAGAAGUUUGCACUGCCAGGACCAGUUUCCUUGUAUCCCCUUGCUUCAAGUGCAGCUCCCAAGAAAGUUCUUCCGUAUGCAUUAAGCAGCUGUGAAUCUGCUUAUCUAAUAAAGGGAAGGCACUUACCCUCCUGGUAUUCCCCAGAGAAUCAUUGGCCACCUGCAUCUCUUUAGCUGCAUUUAAUAGCUCAGCCCAAGAUGAAUCUUCAUGAUUAACAAAAAGCCUCCUGAUUUUAUUUUCUUUCAGCUUUUAAAUGCUAGAACAAAUACCAUUGUUGUCCGCCACCCCCACCCCCACCCCCACCCCCACGGGGUUGUGAUCAAAACACAAAAUUUUAUUCUAGAAUGAAUAAUUUAUUUUUUCAAAGUAAUUUCCAAAUACCAUCUCCAUGAAAUCAUAGAAGAGAGAUGGUAUUGCUGUUUUUGUAGACUCAGGGAAACCCACGGAAUGUUCAUGACUGACUUUUCUGGAAGCCACACUCCCCACCAUGACUUAUCACCAGAGAUAUAUCCCUGUGCAGGAGUAUGGUUGGCUCCCCAUAGAGUCCUUGUUGACUGACCCUAGUUACUACCUACAAGGGCAUCCCUCUAUGUCUGUUUGUCUGCUCAGACAUACAGGGACCUAGAAUAUUCAUUAAGUCUUUAAAUCUGUUAGAUUCCAGUAAUAGAUUAAUCACGUCAUCCUUUAAAAAAAAAAUAGUAGAAAUCCUAAACUAAAUAAGUUGCAUUUGGUAAACCAUCUGCCUACGGAGCAGAGACACACAUGUAAAAAGAUAAUUUGCAAAUCUGACGCGGCAGAGUUGUUGGGCUGCUUGAUGAAUAUAGUAACACAGGUUUGUCUAAUGGGGAAACAAGCAUUACUAUCAAACGAAAACCAAGUGUAUCCCACAUGGAAAAAGUAAGCAGGCUUUAAUAUCGAGAAGCAGUUCACGCUGUGCCUGCCAGCAACUCCCCGCCUGUCUGAUUUUCCUUAACAUAAAGGCCGACCUCACCUGUUUAAAAAUAAUUAGGAAGCCAGCAGCUGUGAUUUGGCUGGACGUCCAUUCGGCCUCGUUUGCAUGUGUGCUUCUGACCCACUGAUGCCUCUGUUGCUGUCUCUGCAUGCAGGCACCAUGGUCAGCAAGGACUCUGGCAGAUGCAUACUCACGACACCAGAGCGGGAAGUGGAGCCCGCCGCCUGCCUGGCCCUGGAGAUGAGAUAUGCCCUCGACCCUAACCGGCAGAUCAAAAAGCGAAACAAAGCUCUGCAGGUGCGUUUUAAGGAUAUCUGUGAGGCCCAGAAUGAGCAGAGAGACACACAGCUGUCUUCGGGACCUCUGGGGGAGAAGCGAGAGGCCAAGGCUGUGUCCUGCAGGGUGGCCUAUCGUAAGUAUAUGACAGUGCCUGCACGCCGAUCCAUUCCCAAUGUCACCAAGAGCACCGGUGUGCAGACCUCACCAGAUCUUCGCAAGUGUUACCAGACAUUCCCGCUGGACCGCAAGAAAGGCAGUCUCAAAGGCCUGCCGGCUGCAGAUGCCUUCAAAAGCCAGAACAAUGGGUUUCUAGCAGAUUCAAAAGAGAAGAGCGAGGCGGGACCCAUGGAGGAGCCUCGGCCUUGCAGUGCAGGAAGGAUUCACAAGACCACCGCAUUGGUUUUCCAUUCCAAUGAGCACGUGAACGCACUGGGACAGCCUUCUGGGGUCAACUGUGCAGAGCUCUGUAAGUCUCCAGAUGUGCUUGGCUACCCAGAGGCUGUUUUGCAAAACUCUCGGCCUCCCUCUGAGGAGCCCAUCCACCAGCUGCAGGGGAGAGCUAAGCUUGACAGGGGCACCCUGGACUCAGAGGAGCCGGCUCCACUCACCCACGGAAGGGUGUUUAAAACCGAGGUCGCCACUGUGUAUCCGCCUGCCAUCAGUACCAGGGCCCCUGAGCCUGGCUUGUCAAACUCUGCUGCUGCCAGCCAGUGGUCUCUCUGCCCUGCAGAUGAGGAGCAGAGGCGAGCCGCCCACCUCAAUGGGCUACAGGCAUCCACAGGCUCUGCUGUGGCCUGCUCAACCCCGGUGCAGUACCUGUCCCCAGAAUGUAGCGAACAGCCCCUGCAGAACCAGCCUAGCCCCACAGCUGGGAUAGGGGAUGAAGAACACCAACAAAUUGUGCCUCACACAGAGGUGGUAGACCUCAAGGCCCAGCUGCAGGUGAUGGAGAACUUAAUCAGCUCUAGCCAGGAGACCAUCAAAGUGCUGCUGGGAGUUAUUCAGGAGCUGGAGAAAGGAGAAGCCCAUCGGGAAGGGCUUUCAUAUCGGACGGGGCAAGACACAGCUAAUUGUGACACGUGCAGGAACAGUGCAUGUAUUAUCUAUAGUGUGGAGCUGGAUUUUAAGCAACAAGAAGACAAACUGCAGCCUGUGCUGAGAAAACUGCACCCUGUCGAGGAAACUCAGGUCAUCCCUUCGCCUUACCCUCAGGAGACUCACUCCUCCACGCCCAAGCAAAAAUCCAAAACUGAGUCCAAAAAGCAUGGCAGGUGGAAACUCUGGUUUCUUUAAGACUCGUGGGCUCGGGAAGACCCAGACCGUCUUUUAAACCCACUGGGAUUUAAGUGAGUCCUUUUCCGAAUCGGAUAGGAUCAAGGAAACUGCGGUGCCAACGCGUGCUCCCUGCUUCUCGCCCUGCGUACCAAAAAGGCCUUCGCACCAACAGAUAAUCAGCAGCAAGGGAGUGACUGUCGCCCCUUGCCAGCUGUCCUUUGCAGUUCACUGGUAUGGGGUAUAAAGUCUGAAAUAAAACUUACGUAGUCAAAGAUAAGGAAAAACUCUAACCCCCGACAGCGCCCCCUUACCUAAGAAUUUGUAUCGAGAUGCCAGUGUUCCAUACGGCAGGCUGUCUUUGUAGACAGUAGAACUUCUCAUUAUUUUUGGCUCUUUAUUAUUUUUUUUUAAAUGAGAAGAGAAAGCAAGCCUUGUGUUGGCAAAGGACUUCAUUUUUACCUUUCAUUAUGAAAUAAGCAGGGGCGAGUGCAGUUUUCAGCACAUUCAAUUCCGGAGAAAGCACAAUUUUUUUUCAAGUGGUCGGAGACCAUGAAUAAUCUCGAAAAAUGUGACUCUAUGUAUAUCUGCCUUUGUGUGCUGUAGCGCUAAGCCAAGUGACCACAUCUCAGUGUCAAAUUGACACCACAGAUUUAGACCCCUCUUCAUCUCCAGAUGGACGACAUGUUUACUGUUCAUUUCCCAAAUGGCCAGCAGCCAGGAACCACUCCCACCCCCACCCCGAGUCAUGAUAUGCCUUCAAUCAUUGCAAGCUGACAGGGUCAGAGCUCCUGGACACUAAGCUUUCUUAGAACUUGUUUUUAUUCUUUGGGUACCCAAAGGCCAAGUGAUGAAUCUGGCAAGAAUUGGGAAACAGACAGAGAUACACAAUGGGUAAUAUAGUUACCUAUAAAUCACGGGUGCCUAGGCUGCGGCAGAAAGCCCUGGUUCUUUUUUUUUUUUUUUUUUUCUUUUUGUAGCUCAAUCCCCAGGGAUGUUCUUUAUCCCCAAGCGAGUGCAGCCAGGUGUUUUAUAUAGUUCUUUAUGCUUUGUCACUACUGUGUGAGAUCUGACCAUCGCAGAGAGAAACUGCCUGUUUCCCUUAGCUGCUACCAAUGGCCAAACUUACCAUUGCCUCCAUUUAGCCUAUCAGAAAAUUGUAUUAAAUGGCAUACUUAGGGAGAAGCUGUGAAUCAGGUGGUUUUAGGCAUUUUUAAAAAUCUGCCGUAUAAUCAAGAGUUCUCUCUUGAUUUCACGUGACAACGCGAACCUCCACCCCCCGUUUUUCCGCUCAUUUCUUUGCACCUAUACAAGUACCUUUUUAACAGAAACCAAACUCCUCAUGUGCAUUAAUGACGUCUCUCUGUGUUCUGCUUUUCACGUAGGAAGUAGGGGUCUUCCUUUGCCUUUUUUCCCCCCUUUUCGUAUAACUUAACGUUUUGAAUAGUUUGUAAGCAUACCAGAAAAACCUAGUGUUGGUCCAGCACUUUCAGCUGGAACUGAUGCUGAUGGCAGAUCAGACUGCAAACCUGCAGCUGCUCAAUUUCGGGAGAGAGUCCUGUCCUUCUGAUGGGUAAGAGCUAAGGCUCACCACAUGCUUGUCCUCUGGACUGAAGAGUUUCAUUUAGUUCUAAACAUUUGAGUUACACAACAAGCUUUAACAGAAAAAAAGCUAAAAGAAUAUUUUGUGUGAAGACUCUUUGGGAACUGCUCACACCACACUAGAGGCGUGCUUAAUUUGAAAUGCAAGGGCAGGUGCGUGCGUGCAUGCACGCACAAGACACACAUACACACACACAUGCAAAACACACUUGCGCACACACACACACAUGCACACAAACGUGGAACAUGCCUAUGUGGAAGUACCCUACAGGAAUACGAAUCUGUAGAAGAGCAGUAAACAGGCCUGUGGGAGAAGAGCCCUGACCAAGCUGAUCCGGUACCUUGAAGGAAGUGCAAUUGUUUCAUGCAUACUAAACUUUAAAACACGUGUUUCAUGUUUUUAUACUGUUUUUAACUGAUGUUAUAAAAAUGUUCACAGUUUUCUCUUCCUGUGUUUGAAGAAUCCCAUGUUCUCAACAAGUGAAUGGAAGGGUUCAGCAGCUUUCUGUCCAGUGCUACACAUCUGUGCUGCACAUCUGUCUCCAUGGGAGCAUAUGUGAUUACCUGUGACGUCAAUGUUUCCAACCAGGCUAGGGCCCCAAA